UUACUUACAUAAUCCAUGGGGCAGAGAGGGAAGAGCUCCAGAUGCAGAUGGGACAGGAAGGGGACGGAAAACAGAUUAAGAAAAAGGAUCGGAACUUCAUGUUUGGACCCGGAGUCAUGUGAUCAACAGAACAGAACCAUGGCUGUGGACGAGUGGAGUUUACAAUGAGGCCGAAGAGCAGUGAGACACCUUCAUGGGGAACAGGACGGAAAGAUGAUGAAGAUGACAUUCCACAGGAAACACAACGUUACCAAAGCGUUCAGUAAAUCCAGGACUAUACACAGUGAUACGUACUGGGAAGAUCACACAUCCCAGAAUGCAUUGCUUCUCCUGGAAGACCACGCCCAUCUCACUAUCGGCUCGGAGACGCGAGAGAGGCUCCUCCUACUUUCCACAGACUCACUUAUUGUCGCCAAAACCAAGUCUCUGUAUCUGAAGCUGAAAGCUCGGGUGAGUCUCUCCGACAUCUGGCUCGCUUCCUGUACACACCGUGUCACAAGCAGGAAGUUCAACACCAACACCUCCUUUGUGAUUGGCUGGCCGACAACCAAUUACGUCGUGACGCUGAGCUCGUCAGAGAUAAAGGACAAGUGGCUGUGUGCUUUACAAUGGCACAGUGCGAGGGCCAGGCAGCGUUUAAUCCCAGACCAUAUCAGCCUGAACGUUCAGCUGUUCGACUCGCUGCUGACAACAGCAGUGAAUGUGGACGUCUGUUCUACAUCCGAGAGCAUUGUUCAGAGUGUGAUACAGCAGAACGCUCUCACAGGCGGAGUCUCAGACUAUCAGCUUUGUGUGCUGUAUGACGGAGAGGAGGAAAUGUACCCACUUAUCGGUCAUGAGCUCCCGUACUGCAUCCUGCUCCGCUCUUUGCGGGGUCAGAGGUCAUGGCACGUGCCCGGUGGACACCAGUGGCACAGCGCCGAUGAACUGCGCGUUACCGACGACACGAACGAGUCGACAGCACCUCGUUUUAUACUGAAGAACCGAGCUGCGAUACACACAUGCGUCCACACAGGAAGUUUUUUAAAGCACAAGAGGAAAAAGUCUCUGAUUGGAUGGGCCCUGAGGAAAGGACACGUCCAGUCAGAAGGACAGACUGACCUUCAGCCCGCCUCCAACAAGCUGUUUGGCCAAUCACUGGCCUCAGUUUGUCAGGAUGGAAAUCUGCCUAAACCCAUAAUGGAUUUACUGUGCAUGCUGUACCGUGAGGGUCCUGAAACACUGGGAAUAUUCCGGCGCUCCGCAAACGCCAAGAGCUGCAGGAUCCUGAAGGAGAAGCUGAACUGCGGACAUCGAGUUUCGUUCCACGGAGAAUCUGUGUUUGUCGCAGCGUCGCUCGUCACCGAGUUCCUGCGAAAGUUGCCCGGCAGUGUCUUGGGUUGUGAUCUGUAUAAAGACUGGAUGAAUGUGAUGGAAGCAGAAGAUCAGAAGUGCAGAUGUUCCUCAGUGAAAAGUGUGUUGGCAAAGUUGCCCCAGGUCAACCGUACACUGCUGUGUUAUGUGUUUGGAGUGCUCCAUCGAAUACACACACACUCGGACGUAAAUCAGAUGACGGCGUCUAAUCUGGCUCUGUGCAUCGCACCAAACAUGCUGUGGAGAUCUACAACUUCUAACCCGGAGCAGGAGAGCCAGAGCACACUGGAGGUGGCUGCACUCGUCCGCUUCCUGAUCGAGAACGCUCUCACCAUCUUUGGCGGUGAAGCGGAAGACGCUUUUACAACGCUCUUGAACACGGCGCAGGAAAACGACGACCUCGCAGCCGACUCCUCCCUGCCUUUCCACUCGUCCUCGGAAGAGGCAGAUCUGGACUUUCUUCCUUCUCCUCUCCUCUCUCCGGACCUCGAUCCGUUCCUUCCACUGAGCACUCUCUCCUUGAGUGGAAACAGGAGACUGUUGCGCCCCUAUAAAGUUUCCACGGAAACUGUAGACGGCGCCUACAGCUGCGGCACACUCGAUUUAGCUUCAACGCAAUCGAUCUCGCUCAGUGACUUCGGCCAAUCACGUGACAGGUGUCUUUCUGAGCCUUCGGUGUGCUUUGACGUGACGACUCCACCCCAAGCCCCGCCCCAUCCUCCUGUCAUACGGCAGUCCAGCUGCGACAAUGCCGUCACGGAUAACAAAAUCAAGCAAUCACAGAGCCCGGUACUGCAGAGCUGCAGUAGAGGAUCGGGAAAGGGACGCUACACUUUCUGGAAGUCGCCACAGUUUCCUGCGCGUCUCCGUCAUCCUGUUCAGCGAUUGGCCAGCGUGUCCAGCCUGUCGUCAACGACGACGUCGUCUCUCAGCUCACUGGACAGCUUCGAGUACAUCCCGAGUCCGAGCGACGAUAAGCCCCGCCCGUUUUUGUUUGGCACCUCAGCCCGACUCCGGCCACUGACUCCGGAGAUGCCGAGGAAGCUGUGGACGAUGGCGUUCACUUACGAUGAGCUCAAGCACAGAAACGGAAACGGGGGGAGGGACAAAGAGAAAGAGGGAGGAGUUAAACUUUUGGACAUAAACUUUAAGGACGAGUGUAAAGCAAAGGACGGACGAAAGUGUGAAGACGAAGGAGAGAGGAAAGCGGACAGAAGUGGCAUGAUGGAGGAGCGAGAUGGAGGGAUGCAAGCAGAGGAACCUGAAACUCCUCGCCAUGAUGAAGGAAUCUCAUGCCACAUUCCACUCGAUAAUGAGGACAGGGACCUGAGUAUGGCACACACUCUCUCACACACACACCCGUGUCCCAUACACACAAAACACACUCGCACACUGCACACACACUCGCUAACACUCCCGUCCAUACGAGACAAAACCAGCAGGAUGAAAAUCGCCUUGUUCCCCAGCAUGGGCAGGAGGAUGUUCAAACAGUCCUCGAGGGUUACCGUGGAGACAGGAGGAGAGGCGGUUACCAUGGCACAGGUGAAUGUACCACAAACACUGUUUUACAACCAGAACGUCAAUCUUGUGCUUCAGUCGGAAGGAAGACGAUGUAAGAUUAGCGAUGCCGAUGAUGUUUGUACGUGUAAUGACAUUGGUGUUAGCAAAGCGACAGAAGACGACGCUAGCCGUGAGCUUAGCAUUAAUACAACCGAAAACGGUUUCUCUCUGAGUGACAGUGAAACUGAUAUCCAAAGUGUUAGCCAAACGGUUAGCGACAGCACAUCCUUUCACCGAAGUGCAGGCGAUGUUAGCCAGAGUGACCACUGUGCUAGCGUCAAUGCUUCUGCUAGCACAGAAAACAAUAUUAGCAAAAGUAUAAAUGAUUCUAUCCAGAGUGACCCUGGUAAUGGCGAUAGCGCUCCUGCUCCCGCUGACUACACAGUUAGCAUUAGUGGUAUAGGCCGUGAUAGUGACAGCACACAUGUUAACCAGAGUGCUUCCACUAGCAUGAGCCUUACGGUUAGCAACAGCAUUGUGGAACGCAUUAGUGACGUCAAGUCUGUUUCCCAUAGCACUAGCCAGAGCAUCCGACAAACCAUACGCAUACGGCUACCGGCUACAGUACGCAACAGCGUCAGAGCGUACUUUAGCCCCGCCCACACACUCACACACACGCGGGCACACUCAGAGACGCACACACAGACAGUGACGCACACACACACGCACACAAUGACAAAAUCACAGAACAGGCCGCUGUUUACUAGAAAACUUCAGUAGCAUUAAGCUGUUCAUCAGUAUGGCAGAAUUCCUGUUUUAGUUCUUUAGUUCUGUUUUAGUUAGCAGUUGACGCUAAGUGUAAUUUAAGUGUAAUUUUAGUAUAACAAUUUUUUUUUUUUGUAAUUUUCCAGCACUUCUGAGGUAAACGUUAACGUUCCGGAUGUUUCUGUGUCACUUUCACUCUCACUGUGUCUUUACAUUGUGUCCACAUAAUAGAUUUAACAUAUAUGCUAGCUUAACCUACAGAAUCACAACCAUGUGUGAAGCUAAUCAUGUUGGCUGAGUAAUUUGCUAGCAGAGUUAACAGAGCCUAGCUAACUAGCUGUCCUGAAGGAUUUCAUGCUCAUUUCCUUUCCUUUAUUUAAUAAAAUGGAACUUUUUGGAUUUGAAUAAAACUUGUAUAGUAUAUCUUUGCUAAUUGCAGUAAUUAAUGUAAAGAUGUAAAAAUUAGCUUGACAUUAGCAUGCUAACUACUGUGUAAAGCUAAAAUUAUGGAGUCUGAAAUCUACCUGAGGUAUAUUUACUUAUUCAAGUUUUAAACACACGGCACUGUAGCGUAUUUAUUGUAUAAUAUUUCAUUCAGUUCAGAAUUUAUUCACCAUUGAACUGAUUUAUUCAUCGUUUCUGCACAUUACACAAUCUUUUUAUACCUAAACACACUUCUGAAUGCUAUCUGUGUGUGUGUGUGUGUGUGUGUGUGUGUGUGUGUGUGUGUGUUCUGUCAUUAAUGUAGUCAUUUAUCGGUGUAUGAUUGUAUACUUCAUUUUCACCAUAUCAUUAAAGUGUAUUAAAAUCA